AUGGUUGCUAAUGCUAAUGCUAUAUUGUAUUAUUACACAUGCACAGAGAAAGAGAUAAAGAGCGAAGAGAGAAUGUUAAUCACAUUACAUGUACAAGCUCAAAGGAAAUAUUUUUUCGAUAUACAAGUUGAUGAUGAAAUUACAGUGUCUGAAUUAGAAAGUAAUAGAUUGACAAAUGGAAGAUUAGUAGAAGCUGGAGGUGGAAGAGGUAGUAGUGGAUCGAUAGACAUCACUAUCGUCCAUAUGGACAUACCACUAGCCAACAACAAAAGGAGAACUCUUAAAGAGUGUGGUAUCAAAGAUCAAGAUCAUAUAUAUCUUCAUGAAGGUUCAUUUGAUAUAAAUUCAAACCAAGACCUCAUACCAAUCUUUAUUAAAGAUUAUAGAGAUGCUACAGUUGUAUUUCCAAUGGACGUCAACAUAUUAAUUACAGGUAGAGCACUAUCUAAACUAGUAGCCAAUAAAAUGAAUAUUGACACUACAACCAGCACAGUUCAACUAUUCUUUGGUAGCAAGUUAUUAGAUGAACAUCGAACACUACAAAACUCAUCCAUCUCUACUCAAACAACUCUAACCGUGAUUAUUAGACCAAAAGUGUAA